UCUCGCGAGAGCGGCGGCCGAAGAUGGCGGCGCGGAGCCGAGGCCCGUGAGGCGCGGGCGGAGCUGCGGCCGCUCCGGGGGCUCCGGGCGGGACCGGCCCCGCGGGCUCCGAGCGCUCCGGGCGCUCCCGCCGGCCAUGACCGGCGAGAAGCUCCGCUCGCUGCGCAGGGACCACAAGCCCAGCAAGGAGGACGGGGACCUGCUGGCGGCCGGCGAGGACGAGGCGGCCGCGGCGCCCGGGGGCGCCUUCACGGGCGGGAAGGGCGGGCGGGCCGGGGGGCACCGCGGGCCCGGCGCGCACCGGCACCGCCCGCCGGCCCGGGCCGCCCCCGCCGGGCCCGAGCGCGGCCCCUUCCCCGUGCACGAGUGCGUGUUCAAGGGGGACGUGCGGCGGCUCUCGGCGCUCAUCCGCACGCAGGGCAUCGCCCAGAAGGACAGUCACGGAAACACUCCUUUACAUCUUGCUGUGAUGUUGGGACAUAAAGAAUGUGCCCACCUGCUUUUAGCCCACAAUGCUCCAGUAAAGGUGAAAAACGCUCAGGGAUGGAGCCCUCUGGCCGAAGCCAUCAGCUAUGGAGACAGACAGAUGAUUUCAGCACUCCUGAGGAAGCUCAAGCAGCAGUCCAGGGAAAGUGUUGAAGAGAAGCGACCUCGGUUAUUAAAAGCCCUGAAAGAGCUAGGUGACUUCUAUCUAGAGCUUCACUGGGAUUUUCAAAGUUGGGUGCCUUUACUUUCCCGAAUUCUGCCUUCUGAUGCAUGUAAAAUACACAAACAAGGUAUAAAUAUCAGGCUGGACACAACUCUGAUAGACUUUACUGACAUGAAGUGCCAACGAGGGGAUUUAAGCUUCAUUUUUAACGGUGACGCCGCGCCCUCCGAAUCUUUUGUAGUUUUAGACAAUGAGCAAAAAGUUUACCAGCGAAUACACCACGAGGAAUCGGAGAUGGAGACAGAGGAGGAGGUUGACAUUUUGAUGAGCAGUGAUAUUUACUCUGCCACCUUAUCCACCAAAUCCAUCACGUUCACACGGGCCCAGACCGGGUGGCUCUUCAGGGAGGACAAAACCGAAAGAGUAGGAAACUUCCUGGCAGAUUUCUACUUGGUGAAUGGGCUUGUGCUGGAAUCCAGGAAAAGAAGGGAACAUCUCAGUGAGGAGGACAUCCUUCGGAAUAAAGCAAUCAUGGAGAGCCUGAGCAAAGGGGGCAACCUCAUGGAGCAGAAUUUUGAGCCCGUGCGCCGGCAGUCGCUGACGCCGCCGUCCCCCAACACCAUCUCGUGGGAGGAGUACAUCUCUGCAGAGAGCGGCAAAGCUCCUCACCUGGGCAGGGAGCUGGUCUGCAAGGAGAGCAAGAAAACCUUCAAAGCCACGAUAGCAAUGAGCCAGGAAUUCCCCUUAGGAAUCGAAUCGUUGUUGAAUGUCUUAGAAGUCAUUGCACCCUUCAAGCACUUUAACAAACUUAGAGAAUUUGUUCAAAUGAAGCUUCCACCAGGCUUUCCUGUCAAGUUAGACAUCCCGGUGUUCCCCACCAUCACGGCCACUGUGACCUUCCAGGAGUUCCGCUACGACGAGUUCCACGACUCCAUCUUCACCAUUCCCGACGACUACAAGGAGGAUCCCAGCCGCUUCCCGGACCUCUAGCGGGGCUGGGAGCCUCCUGGGGACUGUCCCCGCCUGCAUCCCAGGGAAAGGGAACGGCUGCACCCCGGCAGGGCACAGCAGGGGCAGGGCUGGGCCGCAGCAAAGGGAAGGAGCAGCGGCGCGGAUGUGCUGGCGCUGCCCCGGGCACCCAGCCCCUCCAGCUCCCCAGAGCCUGCUGCUGCCAUCCCCGGGGCACAGCCAGGCCUGGCCUGGGAGCUGCCACCCCCAGCUGGCAGGAGCUGCUGCUGGUUUUUAAAUUUUUUACACUUGUGGUGAUCCACGAGGCGCUGCUGGACCUUGGCACCGAGCUGGGCCCGGGGCUGGGGGUGAGCCCCCGUCCUUGCCGUGCUCCCUGUUCCCUGAGCUCACAGCUCAGCCACAGAAUGUUGGGAGGUAUCCUGAAGGAAUGCCUUGGCUGUAGAUGAAUGAACCAAAUGGGCACCAUUGACACUUGGAUUUCCUCCUGCACCCCAGGGCGCAGCCAGCUGUGCUCUGCAGGGAGCACCGGCCCUGCUGCUGCUGUCCCUGCCUGAUCCCUCCAUUCCCUCUUCCCUCCCUGCUCUCUGCUCCCUGCCGGGCUCCCUGUGGCUUGGGGAGCACCCCAGGGCUGCCUGGCCACCAGUGUCACCUGCUGGUCCUUUAUUGGACCCUCACCUGGAGAGGUGUCCCAGAAAGGCCGAGCACCACCAGGUCAGUCUGUUGUGCCCUCAGCAGCCUGCAGAGCUGGGCUGCACAGAGGCACUGGGAAAGCUCAGGCACUGCAGCGUUCCCUGCAGGAGCAGCGUUCCCUGCAGGAGCAGCGUUCCCUGCAGGAGCAGCAUUUCCUGCAGGAGCAGCGUUCCCUGCAGGAGCAGCGUUCCCUGCAGGAGCAGCGUUCCCUGCAGGAGCAGCUUUCCUUGCACGUGGGGUCGUUGUGGUGCUCACGGGCAGCUUUCACUGGGGUGUUCCCACGUUCAUUUCCUGCCUCUUUGUGUUUUAAUCAGAAAAUCCCAGACUGGUUUGGGGUGGGGAGACCUUAAAGCUCAUCUUGUCCAGCCCCCCUCCAUGGAUGUUUCAGUACUCCAGCUCCUUGAGCUGAUUCCCAUUCCCAGUGGUUCCAGUCUCCCCAUCUAAUAAUAAUCCACCUUUUUGGGGCUUGUUAGGCAAGAUUUGUGCAGAAGGCUGAUGGUGCUAUUUGUUUGUAUGAAGAAAUUUAGAUUCAAGUGCUGUGGUGUCAUUGUACAAAAAUGUAAAUAUUUUCCAAAUUAUAUUCUUUGUGCACUGUAGGUAAAACUUUUUCUGGAAUUCCAUAGAGUUAAGGAACAAAGUUUAUAAUGAAGAGGAGCAGCUGUGCUGAGCAGAGGGACAAGGGAGGGGCUCAGCACAGGGCAGGGUGUCAGGCACACCUGGGAGCAGGGGAUUCCAAACUGCUGGAAUCUCUGAUCCAUCCCAAAGAGGCUGCUCGGGGGAAGGACAUGGAGGAGGCCCAGGGAGUCACUGUCAGCAAAGUCCAGGAGCACUGGAGUGGGAGGGUGGGGUUGGUCCUUUCCUCUGCACCUGGGGAACGGGGGAGCACUGGGAAAUGAGGGAAUAGGGGAGCACUGGGACAGGGGAGCACUGGGACAGGGGAGCAGUGCAGCUUUGUUGUUAAUUCUAACUCAAAUCCAAAAUAAAACCUUAGGGAAAACAAGCAAAGGGAAAUGACUCCUGUGUCAGGGCAGGUGUGGAGCAUCCUGUGGGAAUGAUGGAACUUGUUCUCCCGAGUAGUGAUGAAUUCCUGCUGUGUUCCACACCUCUGGGAUGAACUGACACCGGCUGUGCUGCUCCGGGGACAGACUGGGAAUAUCUGUGGGGCUGAGCUGGAGCUCGGAUCGGUGCCUGGGGGGCAGCACAGGGCUCUGUUCCCCCCCUGGGGUCCCUUCAGGGUGUUUUGUGUAGCUGCAGGAUCUGUGCCGGGGUGGGGCCAGAGCUGGUGCUGUACAGGGCCCCCCAUUCCUUGGGAAUUCCAGUGGAGGUGAGAGGUCCCCCCCAAGGUGAAUGUCAGAGCUCCCUUUCCUCGUGGAUUUGUGUUUCUUUGCACUUUUGGUUAUCCCAAAUUCAUCCCUGGCUUCAUGGAAGCGUCGCUGGGGCUGUGGGGCCUGGGCAGCGCAGCCAGGAUGGAUCCCAGGGUGGAUCCUGG